GAUCCCGUGCAGAUACUGACACCCGGUUGACGUCUUCUCCGCGAAGGUCUUCUCCGCGAUCUUCCCUGCUUGUUUUCUCUCACAAAGUGCGCACCGCGGGAGGACACAUGCUCGCCCGUGGACCCGUGCCGGAUAACGCGGUAUCGAGUGGUAUCGAGUGCUAUCGAUACCAGCGUGCCUGCUAGGCUGAUCAUUCGCCAACUGCAGUCUCGUCCUAUGACUACAGCUCGGAUCACUGCGCUCUGGAGUCCCGAGCGAGGUGCACCUAUGGACAUCGUUCGAGUUUGGGUCCUCAAUUGACCCCGCCGGCCAUUGGUCAUCUUCUUGGAGCCGCAGAAGAGCGACGUCCACCAGCGACUCAGCCGGGACCAGACCAGACCCACCACGUUCUAUAUGGUUCAUGAUCGAUCGGAUCAUCUCGAUUGCUGACGGUCGAUGGUCGUGCACUUUUCGAAAUCUGCGGAUACAAAAUGUGGAGAUUAGUGCUUUUGUCGCUACUGGCGGUGGAUUUCGGGCUCGUGGAGGUGAAGGGUAACUUCACGGACACACCGGCCAAAUUGGGAUUCGAAGUUGAUUACGAGAACAAUCAAUUCCUGCUCGAUGGCUUGCCAUUCAGAUACGUCGCCGGAAGUUUUCACUAUUUUCGAACACCGAAACAGUAUUGGAGAGACAGACUCAGGAAACUUAGGGCAGCUGGACUGAAUGCCGUUUCCACGUACGUGGAGUGGAGUCUUCAUCAACCCGAGCCUGGUACCUGGCUUUGGUCAGGAAACGCUGACAUAGUAGAAUUUUUGAAUAUUGCCAAAGAAGAAGACUUGUAUGUUUUAUUGAGACCUGGUCCAUACAUCUGCGCGGAAAGAGAUCUGGGAGGAUUACCAUAUUGGUUGUUAAGGGAUGUACCGGAUAUAAGGCUACGGUCGAGAGACACUCGUUACAUGCAUUAUGUCGAGAUAUACUUAAACGAGGUACUGAGAAGAGUGAAGCCUUUCUUGAGAGGAAACGGCGGCCCCAUUAUCAUGGUUCAGGUAGAAAACGAGUAUGGCAGCUAUCAUGCAUGUGAUUCUAUAUAUAUGCAACAAUUAAGGGACAUAUUUAAUAAUAAUGUGGGGAGCGAUGCACUUUUAUACACGACCGAUGGUGCAACCAGUACUGCGUUGCGUUGUGGCGUUGUUCCUGGUGCCUAUGUUACCGUUGACUUUGGAACAUCCAGCAACGUGACUAAAUCUUUCGAGAUCAUGAGACGUUUCCAACCACGUGGUCCUUUGGUGAAUUCGGAAUUCUAUCCUGGUUGGCUCUCUCACUGGGAAGAACCGUUCCAGACAGUCAAAACGCACACUGUGAAGAAGAAGCUUGAUGAGAUUUUGUCAAAAGGGGCCUCCGUUAACAUUUACAUGUUCUACGGGGGAACGAACUUCGGAUUUACAUCUGGUGCCAAUGGUGACAGUGAGCAGUACAGUCCGCAAUUAACGUCUUAUGAUUACGACGCCCCCCUGACCGAAGCUGGAGACCCAACUCACAAGUAUUUCCAGAUCCGAAAUGUGAUAUCGAAGUACCUUCCCCUGCCAGCACUGCCGUUACCAACAAUAUCACCGAAAGGAGAUUAUGGAACCGUUUCGGUGUAUCCAAUCCUUCGACUCUUCAGUACAAUAGCCAUAAGGUUGUUCGGGACCAGUCCAGUCCAAGUGCACAGCCCUCCGACAUUUGAAUCGAUAGGGAUCAAUCAUUGGCUGGUCUUAUACGAGACGACCUUGCCCAAAGCUGGUCCAGAUCCUGGGAUUCUGCAAGCAGACGUCAAGGACAGAGGUCUGAUUUACGUGGCCGAUCGUCUGGUAGGAACUCUUAGUCGUACUCGGAAGAUCAACAGUAUGCCUCUGGAAGGCGCCUAUGGAAAGCCCCUGAAGAUCCUGGUUGAAAACCAGGGUCACCUGAACUUUGGAAACGAAAUCGAAGACUUCAAAGGAGUCUCUAACGUGACGGUGAACGACGUGAUCCUGUUUUCCUGGAACGUUACGGGAUUUCGUCUCAAUUCCCUCAGCCAACUGCGAGGGCUUCAGGACAUCCAAGGAGAGGAAGAGAUGCUACACGGAGGUCCUGUCUUCCUGCGUGGGAGUUUUACCGUCAGCGAUACACCUCUGGACACUUACUUGGAUACUUCAGGCUGGGGGAAAGGAAUCGCCUUCGUAAAUGGUCACAAUCUUGGCAGAUAUUGGCCCUUGGCUGGGCCACAGAUCACCUUAUACGUCCCAGCUCCUUACCUGCGUAAAGGGCUGAACGAACUGGUGCUCCUGGAGCUAGAAUACGUUCCAAUCACCAGAAAAAUCAAGUUCCAGCCAACCCCAAAUCUGAACACGCUGCCCGAGACGGCAGAUGAAGAAAACUUAUUGGAUGAGUCCUGAAAAAGGAACCAUUUCAAUGCUCAGAGCGCCAUCUUGGAUCGAGCGUGGUCGUAACGACGCACGAAAAAAAUCACUUUGUGAAAAAGAAAAAAGAAAUACCAAAUAAAUGAGGUUGAUAGCGAAGA